AUGAUAAGAAAAAAAAGUGACACUUGUAGUACUGUUUUGCUCAUCUUCAUCUUCAACAGAAAUUUUCACUGAUUGAGAUCUUCAUCCUUUGUGCUGUGAAGAAAAAAUGGAAAUCAAGCCAACAGAAAUCAGCAUUUCCAAGAUGUUUGGAGGUUACAACAAGAGAUACAAACACUAUAGCCCAACUCUUGGAUGUUCAAUGAAUUUUCAUAUCUUUUUUCCUCCUGCUUCUGCCCCUUCUCACAAAUUCCCUGUGCUUUACUGGCUCUCCGGCUUAACAUGCACGGACGAGAACUUUAUAGCUAAAUCUGGUGCUCAACGUGCUGCUUCGAGUGAGGGUGUGGCACUGAUUGUCCCAGAUACAUCUCCAAGAGGCCUAAAUGUGGAAGGAGAAUCAGACAGCUGGGAUUUCGGAGUAGGUGCUGGUUUCUAUCUGAAUGCAACACAAGAGAAAUGGAAGAACUGGAAGAUGUAUGACUAUGUUGUCAAAGAACUGCCGACACUUCUUCAUGAAAACUUUCCAGAACUUGAUACAUCACGGGCAUCUAUCUUUGGUCACUCUAUGGGUGGGCAUGGAGCACUGACAAUCUACCUGAAAAACCUGGAUAAGUAUAAGUCAGUAUCAGCCUUUGCUCCUAUUGCAAAUCCCGUUAACUGUCCCUGGGGCCUGAAGGCUUUUACAAACUACUUGGGUGAAAAUAAAGCUGAUUGGGAGGAAUAUGAUGCUACUUGCCUUGUAUCAAAAUCUAACAAUGUCUCUGCUACCAUUCUUAUUGAUCAGGGGGAGGACGACAAGUUCUAUAAAGAUCAUCAACUGCUCCCACAGAAGUUUGAAGAGGCAUGUAGAAAGGUUAAUGCUCCUAUUCUGCUGCGGCUGCAACCGGGUUAUGACCACUCUUACUUUUUCAUUGCCACCUUCAUUGAUGAUCACGUUCGUCAUCAUGCCCAAGCCCUUAACCUUUGAUUAGAUUAAGCUUCCAUUUCUGUUGAAUCUUUUCUGGAAACGUUACGAGGAACCACUUAAGCAAGUUAGUGGUGCUCUUUUGGUUUGGCAGAAAGUAUGUUGAGGUACCUAAUGAGACAUGUAAUAUCAAAUAAAAGUGUGUUUCCUAUUUCAUUAAAUAUGCCUUUCUUGUUACUCUUGUUAUAAUAUUUGGGGCUUCUUGCUAUGCUACUUAUGUAAAUCCAUUUUGAUCAGUACUAGUAUUUAUAUGAACGGAAAGAUAUUUAUA